AUGUUUCCCGGUGUUUCUCGAAAAAUCUAUGUAGUUAAUGCGUACUCUUCAAUAAUAAUGCAAGCUUACCGUCUCAUCCAGUACGUCCUUACUAAGAAGAGCAGAGAAGCGUUUGAGUUUUUGGAUAGUGAAUGGUGUUCACGUCUAAAAGCUGAAAUAGGUGAAGAAAAUAUUCUACCAUACUGGGGAGGAACUAUGGCAACCGAUCAGCCGACCGGCUCUAUUCGGAUGGGUGGCGAACCACCGCAGCAAGUUAUGUAA